CCAAAGCACACCACGAGCCUGUUCUGUUUCCAUAAGAACUGCAGCGGAAAUUUUCACGACCAGCAGAAUGGCGAGAAUCAGUAUUAUGGUUCUAUUCUGCCUUGGUGCCCUGGCCACCAUCGAGGCUCGUCACCUGCUCCUCAACACAGCGGCGUACUCGGCAGAUGACAGCCUGCCCGGGCCAAACAGCAGCUACCAAGCAACUGGUGGAAGCGCUGCUGCCUCAAACAACCUUCCACCCAUCCAGCUGCCAUCCCUGUCUCAGCUGAAGGCCUUCUUUGAUGCGCUGCCAGGCGGAAACAUAUUUGAGGCGGCUCUGGGACCUGCCUUAGCGCCGGCGCCUGCAACUGACCUGGCAUCUGCCCCCGUCGGCGCAGCUAUGGCCCCCAGCGCAAUUGCUGUGGACACCACUGGAACUCAGACCUAGGACAAUCAUGCGCUCUCAGCUGCCGUGAGACCAGUUGUCACCCUUCGGCGGCUGAAGGUCUUGAGAUUUGAGCUCAAGGAGGUUCAAGGAUCCGCCGAGGCUGAGCGGCAGUGCCUUCCCAAGAUGAUGUCCGUGACAAGCCUAUUUGAGUGCGGAUUCGUGUACUUUCUUUCGUGCCCAUGGCGAUGGUGCAAAUCAGAUGUGAUGGCCCACCGACAAGAUAUGCUUGUAUUUUUCUUCUUGCGACGCACAUUGUACAAUCGCGACGACCGCAUGGAAGACUGACAAGACUCAGGCUGAUUUGCUGCCGGCGACUCACUCAUUCAGCGCCAAGAAUCGUUGGUCAUGUGCACUGACAUGUAAUGUGUGAAGUCUC